AUGACAUCUGGUAACAGGGACUCUCCUGUUGCUAUACGAUCCUCCGCGGCUUCCCGGCGAAUUCGGAAGCCUAUAAACUGCGAAGCUUGUAGACGCUCAAAACUACGUUGCGAUCGUCGGAAGCCAUGCAAUACCUGUAUACGCCGCGCUCUCGGAGAUGCUUGCACCUAUGUAAGGGUUACAGGAGAGAUAACUCCCCAAGGCCACAAUCAAAUACGACAUCCGGAUACCACCCAGGCCCAUCCACGAGGCACUCCAAGGACCGUCUCAUCUGUUUUGUUACCUUCUCCACAGGUGGUGCCAACCACCAAUCUAGACUCACAGAGAGAAGAUGGCCAGAAUUCUCGUUUUCAUUGGGACGACGUUCUAUUGCGUCCGACGAACGAAGCAAUCGAUACCAUUACUACACAACCAGAGACAAGCUUCCCAUUCCCGCCAACCACCAGAAGUCCCAUCGAAGGACUGCUGAGCAUACUGCCAUCCGCAUCGUGCUGUGACUAUCUCGUAACCAGAUUUUUCACACAUGUAUCUCCCUUGUUCAAUGUCGUCCAUGGGCCGACGUUCCAGCAGCAAUACACGGCUUUCUUGAGGUCGCCGGAGCAAACCAACCUUGCUUGGCUAGGGCUUCUAUUCGUGGUGUGCAGUUUGACAUUGCUGACCCUAGAUGAGGGCGAUCCCAUUCUACAUGAAAUUUCUCGACAUCAACAGCAGGCUGCGAGCGUGCUUGAUCUAUCAAACCAGUUCCGUCGUGCCGCGACAACAUGUCUAGCUCAUGAUUCAUUCCUCACCCACCACAAUUUGAAUACCCUCGAAGCACUUUUGCUGUUGAUAUACGCUAUCUGCCACCUCGAGGGUGUCGAGAGAGGCUGGACACUCCUUGGUAUUGCUCUGAACAUAGGAAUCGCACUCAAAUGCCAUAUAACAUCUCCAGGGUUAGGCCAGACAGAGAGGGAACGGCGUCAUCGCUUGUGGUCGGGAAUUCUGAUGCUCCAUACGUAUCAAGCAAUCCUAUACCGUGAUAUAGACUUGUCUGGACUCCUCAAAAUUCCAGCUACAGUGCCUGCAGAAAUCGACACAGGUAACCUUACUGAUGAUGCCUCUCGGACGACCGGUCAUGGCUCUCAAAUGACUCUUAUGAAGUUCAAGAUACGUUUGUUCGAGCUUUCUACCAAGGUGUGCUCUCAUCUCUCCGGUACGUCGCUGAACGACGAACCAGCUUUGAACAGUUUGGAUGCUGCCAUUCAACAGGAGCAGACAGAUUGGGACUCAGCCUUUCUUAUCGAUGGAAUGCCCAGUAUUCUUGACACAACAAGCUAUGCGCAUUGGUGCAUCCUACAAACCUAUGCACACCAACUCUAUCUACUUCUCCAUAAACCUUUCCAUCAUCAGCGAUCUGGUACGUUCAGGACACAAUCGAGACAGAAAUGUAUAGAAUCCAGCGUGGCUCUACUGGAUCUCUACCGCCAAUUUUACGAGCUUCCUCGACUAAAAAGCUAUCGCUGGCUGCUGAACGGCAUGACGAGUUUCAAUGCCCUGCAAGCUUCAGUUGCGUUAUCAUCGUGUCUCCUUGGUGUUCCAACCCUCCCCGAGUACGAGGAUUAUAUCAAGUCCAUUGAUGCUACGAUGGACCGCAUGAAGGAACUGCAGGUCAGCAGUCCCGUCUGUGUGAAAGCAUAUCCUAUCUUGCGAAAACUUCACCAACAAUUGACUUCUGAACACACCAUGCGACCAGAACCAAGGGGAAUUGUAGACGACGAAUUUUGGGAAUGGAUAGAUGGCGUAGAUUGGUCAAACUUCGACUCAAUCGACUUGGGAUUUCCAAAUGAUUUUCCAGAGAACGUAUAACCUGAACGCCGAUCAUCGCAUGACAACAUCUCAAAAUUUUUGCCUCCAAGGUUUGCGUUGAAAGAAAAGAUAUUGCGACGGGGACCUGCUAUCGGACAUACGCACGGACCGCCUUACUUAUUAUCGGAGAUGCCUCAUAGUAUCGGAGAAGAUUUUAAUCAUGGGCGAAACGGCAUCUGCAUCUAUAAGAUUUGCCUUCUCAAAGUCGCAUUAGAAACAUCGAUAUUUCUCAAUAUUAUCAAAGAAUUUCUUCAUUCUGGACGACAUCAUAGACUUCUUGCACACCAUUUCAGCACAUUUAAUUCUAGGUACCUACUCAGCCAAAC